AUGGGCGUUGCGAAAACGAUUUUCUCGGCCGGUCGCACUUCUAGCAAUAUCAAAUGUAAAAGUGUCUGGGUCUGGAAGAAUGCAAUUUGUCAUGCUAAGUCUGAAGCAUGCAAAAAUCUGUGUUGCAUGAUUACCAAAAGUCGUCCAGUUUUGACCAAGUCGGGAAGCAGUUUCUCAUGCAGGAUAGGCAUGGGAAAGAUCGCACAGAAUCUGUCAUGCUGUGUCCUGCAUUCCAGACCUCAUGGGUCAUGGAAAUUCUGCAUGACAAAUCGCGCAUUCUUCCAGACCCAGACAUUUUUACAUUUGAUAAGCAACAGUUGAAAACCAAAAAUGUAUAAUGUGCUAAACACACGUAA